UUGUUUGUUUCUCAUAGGUUCCUGGUAAUUCUAUUUAGACGUCUCAAAUUUGAACACUUCAACCAUGUUUUAAUCCUUAGAUCGCCAUGUUUUAAGAGUCUAACUCCUUCUGCUAGACCAAUCCUCGUUGUUUCUCGUUAAAUAGUAGUCUUCCAAAAUCAUUCACCAACUCGUUAACGAAUUAAUAACCAUGUCAAAUUCUUCUUCUUAUUCAUCAAGUUCAAGUGAAUACCUCGAAACCCUCUUAACCUCAGCUAAACCCUUCCUUCGUAACGAGCUCAUUUCCAUCGAUCCCAAACUCCUCCUAAUCACAAUCCUCCGUUCUGUUGGUGCAUCUGAAUGUUGGCACAAACAUGGAACUUUCCUUGAACACCUUAUUGAUAUUUUCCGCAUUCUCCAUCUUUGGAAAUCUCCAUACUCCGUGUCUCUUUGUGGCCUAUUCCACUCAGCAUACUCCAAUUCCUAUGUUAAUCUUGCUAUCUUUGAUCCUUCAACCUCUCGCGAAGUUGUUCGUGGACAUGUUGGCGUAGAAGCUGAGCGUCUGAUUCAUUUGUUUUGUGUUGUUCCUAGACAAUCUCUUAUUCAUGAUGAUCUACUUUUUCACUACUCUGAUAAGGAGCUUUGUCAUGAUCUUGAAAAAUCAGAAUUGUCUUUGAGGAAUGCAAAGGAGAAGGGGAUAUUUAAUAAGGAUGAAAGUUGGAGGAAGAAAUUGCAAGGUCUUGUUCCUGCUGAUGGGAUAAAAGUGAAGCAUAUUCGUACAGGUGAAGAUGUGAAGCUUUCGAGGAGGGUUGUCGCGGUUUUUGUUAUGAUGACUAUGGCUGAUUUUUGUGAUCAGCUUUUUGGUUUUCAAGAUAUGUUGUUUGAGAACUUUGAUGGUAGGCUUGAGUUUAAAGGGAACAAUUUUGGUGCUGUUUGGCCGGGAAAUGGUAAGCCGGGUUUGUGGUUGAAUUCUAUUUCGAGGAUGGGAGCUGUUUACAAUUUGAUUCUGAGAGAGGAAGAGAUAUUCUUGGAAGAAAAGAAGAAAAUGUUGGGAGUAAAAGGAGUUAAUGGUGUUGAUUAUGAGAGAGAUGAACAUAUUGAGUUGGUUUUGCCACCGGUUUUCGCUAAAUGUACCAAGGUUUUGGAUGCAAGGGAUCAAAUUGUUGCAAGGGAUUUGUAUUGGGAAGCUAUGAUUUGUGAAGAAGGGUUGGAGAAGAUUGAGGAGUUGUUGGUGAAGAGUAUUGAGAAAAACCCUUUUGUGGGAGAGCCAUAUGUGGUGUUGAGUCAAGUUUAUUUGACAAAGGGUAGAUUUGAAGAGGGUGAGAAAGAAGCUGAGAGAGGAUUGACUCUUUUGCUUGAAUGGGGAUGUCAUUGGGAUAAAAGGAUUUCUUGGGAAGGUUGGAUUGCAUGGACUAGAGUUUUGUUAAUGAAGGCAAAAGAGAAAUCUUGGCCAAAUACUUCAUGGGGUAUCCUCAAUUUAGGUCUUGUAAAGUAAGUUAAUGUUAUUCCAACAUAUUUCCCUCCACCCAAGAGAAAAUAAUCCAUUUCGUGUCACAAGUAUUUGUUAGGUAAGGUAACUUAUAUGCAGCUUUGCAUAUCAAAAUAAUUCUUGCUUUGAACUAUAGAAUUGUGUUUAUAGGUGAAUGAAAUAUACAGUCUGUAUAUUUCGUUCUAUAAUUGUUUAGUGAUCCUUGAUAUCUUGUGCUAGAAAUGGUGUACUCCUUAGUAUGAAACUUGUGGACGUGAACCAUAAUAAGGUGAAUUUUAUUUUGUUUUUACAAAAAGGAAAAGUGAAAGCCUUUGAAUUUAGUGCAGUCCUUCACUCAAAUGCUUUAAGGGUCUCUUUGGGAAUUUGGAUGGGUGUGGAGGGCUUUGGAGAGAGGGGAGUA